AUGAUCUGGAAUAGUGUCAUUCUGUUGAGCCUAUUGAGCUCACUGCCUUUCGUGGCUUCUAUUCCAAAGAAACACCACGAUGUUACGACAAGCGUUGAUCCUUCCCUGGCACUGAAUGCAGCCAAUGCGUCAGCUUCAGCGCCGCCACUUCGAAGUUACAAUACGUCCAGACCCCAUACACCGUUUACUGGAACUCCGACCACCACAGGUGCACUGACAGCAUCUUCAAUCGGAACGGGCAUCUCUCGCGGAGGUGUUGCAGCAGGGGCAACAACGUAUCCUGGCGAUGGAAAACUUCACCAUGCCGAGCCUGCUCCAUAUGUCCCGGCAGGUGGUGUCGGAACGAAUGGAAGCACGCCCGUGUAUAACACGAAGAGCGAUUUCGACUACGAGUCUUUAGCCCUUGCUCUAUAUCAAGAAUGGAUAGAGCUUGAUCUGUUCCAAGACGGACUCAGGCGAUUCAACGAGUCAGCCUUCCGAGCCGCCGGUUUGACUGCUGCAGAUCGCGAGUUGAUCGCAUUCAUGGCACAGCAAGAGGUUGGUCACGUCACUAUGAUCAGCAAUAUCCUCGGAGAUCGUGCCCCACAGCAGUGCAGCUAUAUCUAUCCAUACACGAACGUCAAGGAGUUUGUCGACUUCUGUCAGAAACUCACUCGCUGGGGAGAAUCUGGCGUGUAUGGGUUCUUGGCUCAUCUUGACUCGCGAGAGGCGGCUACUCUCUUGACCCAGGCCAUCACAACGGAAGCACGACAGCAAAUGAUCUUCCGCCAGUUCGAGGGUCUCUUCCCGAUGGUUGAGUGGUUUGAAGCUGGUAUACCGCAGUCCUGGGCUUGGACUCUACUGGCACCUUUCAUCAGCUCUUGUCCCGAGAAUCAAACUCGCGUGAUUUGGCAAAAUUUCCCCUCGCUGAUGGUGGUCAAUGAGCCUGAUCCGUGGAUUGUCGGGGCUGUUUCUCGCAACUCGUCCUCGAGUAAUAACCGAACUUCUGGGUAUAAUUUUACUACGAGUGCCGAUCAGAUUUCAAGACUCAACCAGACUUCCGGGUUCAAUCAGACUUCGGGAUUUAUGUUCAAUCAAACCACCGGAACCAAUAAUACUGUUGGACCAGGCGUCAGUAUUCCCACGUCACCAAAAGGCUCCGGAAGAUACAACUCGUCUACUUCGGGUAUUGUUCCACCUGUUCCUGUCAGCAAGACCCGCCCGACACCUCUCUCGGCCCCGGGUCGCCGGGUGCUGUUGCAGUGGGAUCUACCCGGGAAAACAAUUGGCCCCAACAACAGCUACAUCACCACAACGGAGACGAAAGCUGGUAGCGCAAAAUUCGUCAUCUGGGUGUCGCAGCUGAACGUUACCUACACCCCUCUGUUCGUUGUCAAUGGUACCAACAACGGUACCAACACUACAAACAGUACCACUGAUGGCAUUCGAGGUUAUACUAUCCAACCUGGCUUGGAAACGUAUCAGGGUGACCCAGCUUUCAAUGGUACCAUUUUCAUUGCUAUUACAGACAGCGAUCCGUAUGUGAGCCCGUUCAAUCUGAGCCUGAUUGACCCGCAUGUUGUUGCCGGUCCAGCUAUGUACCAAGCUGGUUGA